AUGUGGCAAGCCUGUGACAAUGGGAAGCUCUUGCUGGGGAGAGACCUGCCCCUGUCAGCUGUAUGGAGCUGUCCUGUGAUUUCCUGGCCAGAGUCUACUACCCAGAAGAUUCCUAGCAUUGAGACGGAGUAUCCCCCACAGCCGAUUGAGCACGUCUGCAUGGACACACCCAUCACCUACAAUCACACUAUCCCCAACAGGGGCAGAGAGUGGAGAGUACCUGUACUGCCCCCUCAACGCUGGCUCAACAACUUGCAGCGUGACCUGCUGUCUGUCCUGGGCCACUGCUGUCUGUCUGACUACAUCAUAACGCCACACCCUGACCUCAGCAAACACAGACCGUUAGCGCUGGUGUCCUGGGGUCGCACUCUGGAGCUGUCCCAGGUGACCACUCCGGAGGUCUGUGAUUGGCUGCAGUUGACAGCGGCACACGGUAACAGUGGCGAUGUGGGUCCAAACAGGAAGUAUAACUUGCUGUUGACCCAUCCUGCGGAUCACAAACACUCAUACCCAAAGAAGUCUCUGAAGCAGUGCUGUGAGGAGACCCUCGCUCUGCUGCUGGAUGGACGGUUGGAGGUGACAGACUGGAGGAGAGGGAGGGUCCGCAAGAGCCGAGCUGCACUCGGGAACGAUGGGAGGGAGAAAGAGAGCCAGACCACCAUGUUGCCGCCUCUAGCAGUCACCAAGACCAACAGGACUACCCUGAACAGACCUGAAGCACAGGGCCCAGCCAUAGUGAGGGCUACACAGAGAGAUACGGACCAAGGACUCAAAGUGACUCAACCUCGCCGCAGAGAAAAUUACACGGAUGACAAAGAGCCCAGAGGGAAAGCGAGAGAAACAGACUGGCUGAACCAGAACGAAGCAGAGGACAAGAGGCAGAGCGGGAAACCGCGAGACAUCCAGGGGAGAGGGGUGAAGAGCAGCAGACACGAGGGAGAGAGACGGCCCCGUAACUCUCCGACCGAGAGGGAAAAGGCUCUGUCUCAGAGUCGGCGUAAUCAGUUUGCUGUCACACAGGCGAACAGCCAGGACAGGAGAGCAGACUGUGAUGGUGGGGUGGGCCACAGCGAGUGCACUGAGACCGAAGCUCCGCUAGAGGGCGCCGCGGCUGGACCCGGUGACAGGAUGCUGCCCACUCCGCGGACAGACGAGGCGGUGUGGGCGGCGGCGGCGUUGGGCUUCCUCCUGGUGCUGCUGGCACUCUCCAUGCUGCACACCCGCCUUUACCGCCAGUGGCGCACAACGCCCAGCAUGUACUGGCAUGACCCCAAGCAGGACUACGACAGCGUGGCAGAUGUGAUCCACAGGAGGCUGAAGAUGCCAGGGAGGAGGAAGAGGAGGGUGUCCAAGAGCCGAAGACAGGAAUGUGUCCUCCUACCACCCAGCUCCAGCACAGAGGAGGACGAGUAGAAACAGACAUCUGUUUAUUACACCCAUCUUGUCUUUAGCCCUGGGAGAAGGAAGGACACUGGGACCUAAAAGCAGGGUACUCCCAUUUGCCCAAUAACACUGCUCUGAUGAAGAAACUGAGCAUUUUAUGGAUUUUUUUAGUAAGGAGACUUCCGAUUCAUCUUCUAUCGUUAAGGAAUAUUUUAGUAUUUUAACUGUCAUUCAACACUCCAUAGUAUAAAACCCCAUUCAAUCAGAUCUCUUUCACAAUCACCACCAAUGAUACCAUUUCACUACGCAUUCAAAUGUUCUCGUAGGGGCCGAUUCAGACUUAGGAAACAUACGCCUUUCCCUACGCACUUCUAAGUAGUUGGUAUUCAUGCUUGCCAUAUGAAGGUUUGCAGCAAGAUUUGCGGGUGUGGCGCCAACAAUAAAUGUAAUUCAACCCCAGAAAACACCCACUGGUUGGCCGACAGAAUUGACAAGGGAGUUUUUGUUCAAUACAUUUCCUGUUCAUUUAUCUAAAGUAAUCCCUUUUUGUGUUUGGAUAGUGAAUCUAACUAUUUUUUAUUUUAGGUCAAAUGUUUCAUAUGAGGCAACCUUUAAUUUGAGGGUAUUUUCAUAUCUAUUUUACCUUCUAGAAAUGACUUCUCCAUUUAAAGUAUUUGGACAAAUUCACUUAGUGUAUUAAAGUAGUCAAGUUUUGUAUUUGAUCCCAUAAUCCUUUGCACUCAAUGACCACAUCAAGCUUGUGACCCUACAAGCUCUUAUUGUAGGAAGAGCAUAUGUUUCUGAACACGAACACUUCUACAUUAAUGUGGCUGCUACCAUGAUUAUCGAUAAUCAUGAAUGGAUCGUGAAUAAUGAUGAGUGAAUUACUAACCUCUCCUGUUAUUGGAAAUGGUGAGAGGAUAAGCAUGUUUUGUUGCAGCUUAUGUUACCUUCUCACUCAUCACUAUUCACCAUUUGUCUUAAUCAUGGCAUGAUCAGGAUUCAUUUGGAAGUGUUCAGAAAUAAAUGUACUCCAGUCAUCCUUCAUUUCCCGUUGGGCAAAAUAUAAUCUGAAGCAACAAAAAAAACAAUCUGCAAAUAUAUCCAACAAAUUGUAGAGCCAGAAGCUUGAUGUAGUCACGGAGUUCAAGGAAUAUGUAGCCAAAUACUCAACUUUUGAUGAUUUAACACUAAGUGGAUUCUUCAACAUGGAGGGGGGACGAGAUGAAGUGCUUUCCUUACCUAAAUGUUUAAAACAGAUAUGAAAAUACCCUCGAGCUGACAUUCUGUACUGUCACCUCGUGAAUCAUGUGAUCUAAAAUCCUAAAUGCUGGAGUCCAAUGACAAGGUUUAGCUUCACUGUCCAAAUAAAUCUGGAGGGGAGCGUAGUUGCUGUUGUAAGCAACGGGCUGUCAGUUGCAGUAGUGGGUACGAGACCAUCAAAUGCUGUUGUGUGAUUGGGGGGGGGGGUUAAAUCAUGUUUUGUGAGUUAUUUAAUAUAAGGUGGCUGCAGUGAAUCAAGACACGGACAGAGAGGAUUUGUAUGUGGAUUAUUUCUCGUCUCCUACUACACAGCCAGUGUACUCCUAUGAAGCUAUCGGUUGGAAGCUAACCGUUUCAACCACAGAAUUAGAGAGAUUCUGUUUCUAUGCUUUGAACAACCACAGGAUAUGAAUUCCCCGUUCCCUCGCAAUUGUGCGAGAAUACGAUUGAACAUGAUGUUGCUAUGCGUGGUAAUGAAAACACUUGGGAGCAGCAAUACCCUGUGAGGGCUUUUUAUUUGUUUUUAACUACUGUGUGAUGUUUACUAGUAGCCCUGUACCAGAUGUAGAUGUGUACACUCUUAUUUACAAUACUAAUGUAUACAUAGAAUAAUGAUCUUCAGUCAUAUCCUACUAAGUAAUGAAAUUACAACCGUGAAAACAAAAAUCACCAUAAUGGAGCAGCUGUCAUAUACAGUGUACAAAACAUUAGGAAAACCUUCCAAAUAUUGAGUUCCACACCUUUUUUGCUCUCAGAACUGCCUCAAUGCUUCAGGGCAUGGACUCUACAAAGGUGUAGAAUGUGUUCCCACCGGGAUGCUGGGCCAAUGCUUCCCACCGGGAUGCUGGCCCAAUGCUUCCCACAGUUGCCAAGUUGUCCUUUGGGUGGUGGACCAUUCUUAAUACACACGGGAAACUGUUGAGCGUGAAAAACCCAGCAGCGUUGCAGUUCUUGACACAAACCGUGCACCUACCACCAUACCCCGUUCAAAAGGCACACACACAUACAAUCCAUGUCACAAUUGUCUCAAGGCUUAAAAAUCCUUCUUGAACCUUCCUCCUCAUCUAUACUGAUUGAAGUGGAUUUAACAAGUGACAUCAAUUAGGGAUCAUGGUCUUCACCUGGGCAGUCUGUCAUGGAAAGAGCAGGUGUUUCUUAACGUUUUGUAGACUCUGUAUCUGUCAAUAGAAACUUUAGGGCUCCCUUAUGCCCUGGUUAAAAAUAGUGCACUGGGCUCCUGCGUGGCGCAGCGGUCUAAGGCACUUCGAACGGUGUUUCUUCCGACACAUUGCUGCAGCUGGCUUCCGGGUUAAGCGAGGCCGGGUGUUAAGAAGCAGGGCUUGACGGGUCGCAUGAAAUUGACCUUCGCCUCUCCCGAGCUCGUUAGGGAGUUGCAACUAUGAGACAAGAUCGUAAUCAUAAAAAAUACAAAGGUGCACCACAUAGGGAAUAGUGUGUCAUUGUGGAUGUAACCAUUGAAAUGGUAAAUGUCUGUCCCUAAUAGGCUUCAGCAUGUCCAACAUCACGUCCUCGAGACCGUACCAAGUAGUGCACUACUUUUUAGUGUGGCCCAUAUAACCUCUGCUGGAAAGAUUCUUCAUGUAAACCGAGAGAAUCUGUUGGGACUGAAUGCGGAGGAUAAUUAGCAGCAGUAGUUCUGGCGCUGGUCAUUUGUACAAAUCCUGAUUUCUCAGGUGUUCGCAUCUUUCAUAUUUUGAUAUGAGGGGGGGGACAUUUGGCCUGUAACAUGCGAAGAGAGAGGGUUCUGCUCCCCUCUCUAGCAUCUCUUCUCAACACGUAUGGGCCCAGAAUUUAAUCGAGCAGCUGACAAAUGUGACACUUUAGUUCUGGGUUAACCGAGAUUAUGGCCCAUAGGGUUCUGGUCAAAAGUAUUGCAUUGGAAAGGGAAUAGGAUGCCAUUUGGGACACAUAUGCCACUACUAUGUAAUGAGCUGUGAUUAAAUGUUAAAGACUUCAGACAUAAAAGCUAACAACCUGUGAAAUCAUUCACACCAAGAGGACAGUUAAAGUGUGACUACACGAACCAGAGAGAGAAAGUGAGAGAUUGUAGUUUGUACAGCUUACCCAGAGACGCUCUUUUGAUACGGCCUUUGGCUUACCUCCUGAUGAAUGAAUGUAUCUCAAGCUAAACAAAAAAUACAUACAUUUAAGACAAUUUGUUUUAGUUUUUUUUAUUUUAUUAGAAAUGUACAGCUUAUGAGUUUCCAUUACAAUUGACCUUUUUUCAAUGUU